AUGAAGACAGCUCCCUGCGGUGCUGGGAGGGGCCAGGAACGCUUCCCAAGCCCUGACGCCUUCCCGGUGGGCCACGGGGGCAGCUGGGGCUGUGGGGUUUGGCGCUGGAUCACCCCACCCUGGCAGCCGCCGCCCACCGCCCCUGGGGAGGCCUGCGAAAUGGGCGAAGUGGUCAGACUGGUUUCCAGGGCCGGGCUGGGAGUCCACGCGGGCUGGCAGAGGCGGGGGACUGAACCCCGCUGCAGAGGCCACCCCACAAGGCUUUGUUUUCGACCCUGGAAGGCGCCCGGCCACGGGGCAGGGCGGGAGCCGCGUCCCCAGGUGCACCCCGCUAUGAUCACGAUUGGGGUGCCAUUCGCUUGCCCCUCCCGUGCAGAACCCCCGCGUCUGGAGAUGUGGAGGCCGAAGCUAAACUCGGGGUCCCAGCCGGGCCCGGAUGGUGCAUGGGGGGGAAGAGAGUGGGAGGCAGCAAGCUCUGCUCUGACCUUCAGGGUGACCUUGGCCGCCCCGCCCCCGCCUCAGCUUCCUCCUCUCCCUCUGCGCCCGCCUCUGUCCAGCCCUCCUGGAACGCAGGUGGACGACGCCCUAGUCUUCGUGGGUCCUCUUGGGGCUGCAGGAUGCUGGCACGCUGUUGGGGUGGGGGGACUCAGCCCCAGAAAGCCUAGCGCCCUCGGAGUCCCCGCUGCACCCGGGUUGGAGAGCAAAUUCCCUCGCUUGGAGAAGCAAUGCGCGCUCAUGACCGAGGCUGGAGGGCGCAGUUUGGGGAGGGGGUGUCUGUCUCUCCCCCUCGGGCACCCACCAUCCCAGCCCUCUGGGUUUUCCACCCCCAUAGAGAAAAGGGGCGUCGAGAGAGGGGGGCCGCGAAGAAAGGAGGGAGGAACCGCAGCCCCGCCACCCCGGAAAGGAGCCGGCUCCAUUCCAGAGUGCCGCAGCUGCAGGCGGCCAGGAGGGGGGUCUGCAGUGCCGCCCACGCUCGAGAUGUGUCGAGGUCCCCCCUCGCAGAGUCGGCAUGGCAUGUGGGACUGUGGGGUGCCCAGGAGUGCACCGUCAUCACAGCCUCACCAGAAAGGGCAGAGGGGCCGAGAACUGGGGGAGGGGGCGCCCGGCCCCCCUGUGCGCCGCGCCCGCCAGCCGGGGUGGGGGGACCCCCCGCCGGCCACCAGGGUGGGCUGCGGCGAGCGCGCGGGGCGCGGGGUGCCGCGGGGCCAGCCGGGGGGGGGGGGGACGGGGAAGGCCGCCCCUGGGCGCCGAGGUUGGGGGGCGCUGGGGCGACUGCGGCCGCCGUCCCGAGUCCCCGGCGGGUGCGGGGGGCGCCGCGGCCCCCGGGGAGGGGCGGGCCGGGGGCCCCGGGGUCCGGCGGGCUUUGUCUGCGGCGGCCCCGCUUCGGGAAGGCGCCAGCCCGGUGACAAGAUGGCGGGGCCGGGCGGGACGCGGCGGCGCCACGCGGGGCGCACGGUGCGGGGAGGGCGCGCCCCGGCGCCGAGGCCCCCACCUCCUCGCCCCGCGUCCCGCACCCCCGCGCCCCGCGCCCCGCCGCCGGGCCGCCGCCUCCCCGCACCCAGCCCGGCUCGGCAGCUGCAGAAAAUGGCUGCCAAGGGCGCCGCCGCCGCCCCCCGCUCCGCACCCCGAACCCCGUGCGCCCCGGAGCGGCCGGGCCCGGAGAGGCGCGGCGACCUGCGCGCGGGGCGGGGGGCGGCGGCGCAGGAUCUGGGGGGGACACCCCUCGCCCUUCCCCCCACCCGCACCCCCACCCCGGGUGCCCUGGAGAGGCGGCGGCGCCCGGGAGGGCCUGACCCAUCCUGGCACGCUGACCCUGCGCGCCCCCACCCGAGUCGGUGCCACCCUCCCCGCCCCCACCGCCCGGGUUCGGCUCGCGUUGACGUGGCCGGCGCGAAGGGCACCGCAGGGGGGAGGCCGAGGAAUGCACCGCAGGUGGGGAGGUGUGUUUCGGGGCCCACGGCAGAGCCGCCCGAGAAGCGGGAGGGUCCCCGCGCGCCACGGACCAGCAGGUGUCGUGCGCCCACCUCGGCCCACGGGGAGCUCAGCUCGCCUCGCUCGGCCCCCGAGCCCCGCGGGCUCCCGUGGCCACCUUGGCUGGCGCUCCCCGGCACCCCGAGUCCCAGCUCGCUUCUGGGGCGCCCUACGAAACGAGGACCCGAGGGCGGAGGUGGGCUCUGGAAUCGGAACCCCUUAGUCACGUCCGUCGGGUCCGUAGCCUCCGUUGUACCCCCACGAGGUUGGACGCAGGGAGAUGGGGCGAGGGUCAAGUUGGAGGCUUUAGUUCUCGUAGCCGCACCUUUCUCACCCUUCCCACUUCCCACCCCUGUUCUCGAGGCUGGCGAGGCCAACCACGGCUGGGAAAAUUCCAGUUCCCUCGACAAGAGGCCAGAGACCCAGGCCAACAGGUUCGGAACCGGUGUCUCCACACCAGCGACCCCGGGCACCGGGGCGCACAAGAGCUUGGAGAAGGGAAUGCGCCCCCGACGACCACCCCAGAUUUCUCGGUGGCUGAGUGGGCGCGUUAGGUGCACACCAGGGAGCUCAGUCCUCCCCGCGAGCACCCCCCAGCGCGCACCGUGGAAGGGACAGUCUUUCCCGCUGGGCAGGGCGGACGCGGCGGACCAGCUCGGCCAAGGUCGCGGGCAAAGGCUGCGGCGGUCCCGGCGCUUCCUUUCCUUCCGCAGCCGGAGACAGCCCGACCAGCCGGCAGCUGCCCUCCCCGACCUCGCACCCGGGCUCCCGGGCAGUGCCAGCGUCCACCGCCUCCUGGGGUGGUCCUCCCGCGCGCCCCCCACCUGCGCCGCGCUCAGGGUCUCCGGCUUCCCAGUAGGGGGCAUCUCUCCCAGCUUGGGCGAGGGCGAGGCGGCGGUCCCCGCAGCCCGGGUCCCCAGGCUCGCCAGCCAGCCCCGCAAGCAAGCACUAAUUGUUCCCAUCACCUUCGUGGCGGGGGGCUAUGUGUAUACGUACAUGUAUACCGAGGCUGCGGCUGUGACUGCAGUUUCUGCUGCUGCAGCCUCACCAGCACCGCCCCCCGCAUCCCCGCUGCAGCAGCAGCAGCAUCUCCAGGCAUCCGCGGCCUUCUCGCAGCUCCACCGCUGCUAG